GGCGGCUGGGGAACCCUGGUGAACCCCACCGGGCUGGCGCUGUGUCCCAAGACGGGGCGGUUCGUGGUGGUGCACGACGGCAAGCGGCGGGUCAAGAUCUUUGAUUCCGGGGGAGGAUGCGCGCACCAGUUUGGAGAGAAGGGGGACGCCGCCCAGGACAUUAAGUACCCACUCGAUGUCACCGUCACCAACGACUGUCACGUGGUUGUCACCGAUGCCGGCGACCGCUCCAUCAAAGUGUUCGAUUUUUUUGGCCAAAUCAGGCUUGUCGUCGGAGGCCAGUUCUCCUUGCCUUGGGGUGUGGAGACCACCCCUCAGAAUAGGGUCGUGGUAACUGACGCGGAGGCAGGGUCCCUGCACCUCCUGGAGGUGGACUUUCCAGAAGGGGUCCUCCGGCGAACGGAGAGGUUGCAAGAGCAUCUGUGCGGUCCCCGAGGGGUGGCGGUGUCCUGGCUCACAGGGGCCAUUGCGGUCCUAGAGCGCCCCCUGGCCCUCGGGACCGGGACCUGCAGCACCACGGUGAAGGUGUUCAGCGCCACCAUGCAGCUCAUUGGCCAGGUGGACACCUUCGGGCUGAGCCUCUUCUUCCCCUCGGAAAUCACGGCCUCCGCUGUGACCUUCGAUCACCAGGGGAAUGUGAUCGUCGCCGAUACGUCCAGUCACGCUGUCCUAUGCUUAGGAAAACCCGAGGAGUUUCCCGUACCGAAGCCCGUCAUCACCCACGGGCUUUCCCAUCCUGUGGCACUGACCUUCACCAAGGAGAAUUCUCUUCUUGUGCUGGACAGUGCCGCCCAUUCUGUAAAAGUCUAUAAGGUUGACUGGGGAUGAUGGGCGUAGUGAGGAUUCUGGGGCUUGGAACCAGAAGCCCUGGAGCGGCCACUAAUGAAUUGUUUAGCCGUGGAUACAGUGGGGCCUUGACUUACGAGUGUCCCGACUAACGAGUUUUUUGAGAUACCAGCUGUCUCUC